AUGGGCUUCAGGUGGUCCCGGACUUCAGUUUUGGAGCUCACCGUGGUGAAGUCGGGAGCCGAUGGGCUGAGGUUUCGAGAUCGGCUACGGCUAGGUCGGAUAUGGAGAACCCAGCUAGGAUUUCGGUGGCCGGAGUGGUCGGCGGUAGUGACUAGGUCGCCGACGAGAUUUUCCCUAAUUCCUGGUGGUUGUGAGACCGGAGAUGGUGAUGAUGUUGUUGAUUCUUUCGAGCUCGGACUACCGUCCCCACGGGAGGAUGAGGCCAACGCGUCGGAUCUGUCAGCAGUCUGGGCGGACACGACGGUUCGACGAAAAAUCCAGUAA